CCUCUGCCCCGCCACCGCCGCAGUUGCAGCCGCCGCUCGGGCUGCGGCUCAUCCCGGUUCGCGUUCGCCUUCCCGGCCGCGCCUCGAAGGGCAGGCACCCUGAGUGUGACUGCGCGGCCGGCCGCGGUGCGAGGAGCUCUGCUUCUGCCUCCCCGAGGCCCGCGCGGUGGACGGGGUAGGGACAGAGAGUGGCCGCCGCGCCCCUCGCCCCGCUCCCCCGCGGCCGCUCCGGCCCUUCCGGGCGGCGCCGCAGCCUCAGCCGGCUCCACACGCAGAUGUGGGAAGACAAAUGAAGGGGUUUAGAUGCCAAAUAAAUGUCAGUGGAAAGGAGAGCUACCAACACUAAGGGCUGAAGACGAAUAAACUCAUUUUUUCAGAGUUAAAGAAUUACUUAAAAAAGAAACAAGAUGGGGACGCCUGGUUCUGGAAGGAAAAGAACACCUGUGAAAGAUCGAUUUUCUGCAGAAGAUGAAGCUUUGAGUAGCAUCGCUAGAGAGGCAGAAGCAAGGCUAGCAGCAAAGCGGGCCGCCCGGGCAGAAGCAAGAGACAUCCGCAUGAGGGAACUGGAACGCCAGCAAAGAGAGCCUUCUCAUCAUUGCUCUGACCGGAAGUGGGGACAGAUUCAGAAGUGGCUGGAAGAUUCAGAGAGGGCCAGGUAUUCUCACCGGUCCGGCCAACACCGCCCUUAUCUGGGAGUUGAGGAUACACUGUCUCUUCGAAGCCUUGGCAGUCACAGGUAUGAUACCCUCAAGGACAGAUCAUCAAGGGUUUCAUCAUUAAACUAUUCUUACAGUCACGCCUAUGGAAUGAAGAAGCGAUCUUCUGGUUCUCAUAAAGACCCCCUGAGUGGCCUCUAUUUUGACCAGAGGAACUAUAGCAGUCUUAGACAUAGCAAACCUGCUUCUACCUACUACUGUCGGUCUUCUUCCCUGUGCAGUGACCCCCUAGGGACAUCUCCGAGUAAGAACAGGGCCUCCUCUACUGCAAAUUCUGGUGUGCUGAGAAGCGCCAGCCUGGCAUCAUUGUAUGAUGGUGGAUUAUAUAACCCUUAUGGUUCUCGAACCCCAUCUGAGUACAGUUACUACUCAUCGAGAGCAAGUUCCUCCCGAAGCAGCCCUGUGUCCAUCGAUGGUGACACCGCAAGCAUUGUGUCUUCUGAUCGUGCCAGUUGUGGGCGAAGGGACAGUGUGGUCUCUGCUGCUGAUUAUUUUAGUCGGCCCAAUCGUAGGGGGAGUGUAGUCUCUGAGGUUGAUGACGCCGGCAUCUCAGACUUGACCAGCUUGGAUGAAAAAUCGGAUAAACAGUAUGCUGAAAAUUACACAAGACCUUCAUCUCGAAAUUCUGCCUCAGCAACGACACCUCUAAGUGGAAACUCAUCCAGACGGGGCAGUGGGGACACGAGCAGCUUAAUAGACCCAGACACCUCAUUAAGUGAACUUCGGGACAUCUAUGACCUGAAGGACCAGAUACAUGAUGUAGAAGGGAGAUACAUGCAGGGGCUUAAGGAACUGAAGGAGUCUCUGUCUGAAGUAGAAGAGAAAUACAAGAAGGCCAUGGUAUCCAAUGCACAGCUAGACAACGAGAAGAACAACCUGAUCUACCAGGUGGACACCCUCAAGGACGUCAUUGAAGAGCAGGAGGAGCAGAUGGCAGAGUUCUACAGAGAAAAUGAAGAAAAGUCAAAGGCGUUAGAAAGACAGAAACAUAUGUGCAGUGUGCUGCAGCAUAAAAUGGAUGAACUCAAAGAAGGCCUUCGGCAGAGAGAUGAGCUUAUUGAGGAGAAUCAGCGCCUGCAGCAGAAAAUAGAUACCAUAACAAAAGAGGUGUUUGACCUCCAAGAGACCCUGCUUUGGAAAGAUAAAACAAUUGGGGCCCUAGAGAAACAGAAAGAACACAUUACCUGCCUCAGGAGUGAGCGAGAUGUGCUCAGGGAGGAGCUGGCUGACCUGCAGAAGACAGUGAAGACAGCAGAGAAACAUGGCUUAGUUAUAAUCCCAGACAGCACUCCCAAUGGUGAGGUCAAUCAUGAACCUGUGGUUGGAGCCAUUACUGCUGUGUCUCAGGAAGCUGCUCAGGUCUUGGAGUCAGCAGGAGAAGGGCCACUAGAUGUGAGGCUACGGAAACUUGCUGGAGAAAAGGAGGAGCUCCUGUCACAGAUUAUAAAACUGAAGCUGCAGUUAGAGGAAGAACGGCAGAAGUGUUCCAGAGGCGAUGGCACAUCUGGAGACCUGGCAGGACUGCAGAAUGGCUCAGAUUUACAGUUCAUUGAGAUGCAGAGAGAUGCCAAUAGACAAAUUAGUGAAUACAAAUUCAAACUUUCCAAAGCAGAACAAGACAUAACCACCUUGGAACAAAGUAUCAGCCGGCUUGAGGGGCAGGUGCUUCGGUACAGAACUGCUGCUGAGAACGCUGAGAAAAUAGAAGAUGAGCUGAAAGCAGAAAAGAGGAAGCUUCAGCGAGAGCUACGGACAGCACUGGACAAGAUCGAAGAGAUGGAGAUGACCAACAGCCACCUGGCAAAGCGGCUAGAGAAGAUGAAGGCCAACAGGACAGCCCUUCUAGCCCAGCAGUAGGGAGGCCGCCCUUCCACCUGGGCGCUGCUCUAAGGGCCUUGCCCAGAGAUACUGACUCUUUUGUAUAUUGACACAAAGCCCUUCGAGUACUGUUUGAGUCUUGUCAUUAAACAGCCACCUUUGUAUUUUAUAAUUUA